AUGCCUUCGCCCAAGAAUGGCAGGGCUUCCCAGGAACCUGUUUCCGUCAAACUGGACAUUGUGUCUUCUCCUGAAAAUACCAAGAACCAGCAGAGCAAGGUUUCCAGCUUCGUUGAAGGAAGUCCUUCAGAGUUGACAGAUUCGGAGAACACCAAACGCAUAACAGGAUUCCAGGCCUUGGUUCACCUGGUGAAAAGUAACAUGGGCACAGGAAUCCUGGGGCUCCCCCUGGCCAUAAAGAACGCAGGCAUUUUGUUGGGCCCUCUCAGCUUGCUGGCAAUCGGCUUGGUGGCUUGCCACUGCAUGCAAAUCCUGGUGAAGUGUGCCCGCCACUUCUGCCACAGGCAUAACAAGCCCUUCAUGGACUAUGGGGACACAGUGAUGCAUGGACUAGAAUCCAGUCCUAGCUCCUGGCUCCGGAACCAUGCCCGCUGGGGAAGGCACACUGUGAUCCUCUUCCUUUUAGUCACCCAGCUGGGUUUCUGCUGUGCAUACAUUGUGUUCCUGGCUGAUAAUUUAAAGCAGGUUGUGGAAGCCAUUAAUGGUACAACCAACAACUGCUCUGAUGAUGAGACUGUGAUGCUGACACCUACCAUGGAUUCUCGGCUCUACAUGCUCGCCUUCUUGCCCUUCCUGUUACUUCUGGUUGUCAUCCGGAAUCUCAGGGUCCUGACUGUCUUCUCCUUGUUGGCCAAUGUCAGCAUGUUCGUCAGUCUGAUCAUCAUUGCCCAGUUCAUUGCCCAGGAAAUUCCGGACCCCAGAAGGUUGCCACUGAUAGCAAGUUGGAAUACCUACCCUCUCUUUUUUGGAACUGCCAUUUUUUCCUUUGAAAGCAUUGGUGUGGUUCUGCCUUUGGAGAACAGUAUGAGGGAUUCCCGUCGCUUCCCAGGCAUCAUGUAUUUGGGAAUGGCCAUCAUCAUUGCUCUCUACAUUGUCAUUGGCUCUCUGGGGUACCUGCAGUUUGGAGAUAACAUCAAGGCCAGCAUCACCCUCAACCUCCCCAACUGCUGGUUGUACCAGUCGGUCAAGCUCCUCUACAUCAUUGGCAUCCUGUGCUCGUACUCCCUGCAGUUCUACGUCCCUGCAGAAAUCAUCAUGCCCCUCCUCCUUUCCCGCAUACCUAAGCGCUGGGCGCUGGUUCUGGACUUGUCCAUCCGCUUCAUGAUUGUCUGCCUGACGUGUUCCGUGGCCAUCCUCAUUCCCCGCUUGGACCUCGUCCUCUCCCUGGUGGGCUCUGUCAGUGGCAGCGCGCUCGCCCUUAUCAUCCCGCCCCUCCUGGAGAUCAUCACCUACUACUCAGAAGGCAUGAGCCCCUUCAUCAUCGCCAAGAACGCCCUCAUCAGCAUGCUGGGCUUUGUGGGCUUUGUGGUGGGGACCUACCAAGCCCUCAAUGAGUUGAUCCAGCCAAGAACUCUCACAUUCCCUAACUCUACCACAUUGGUUCGAUAA